AUGACACCUCAAAAGGGUAUCUUCUUGCGGACAGCACAGGAUGUGAAAAGAGACUUGAGGUUAAACCGGGCGGUCACACUAUCCCAGAUGAAGGUUUGUAAUGGGGUGAUGUUGGCAGCCAUCGCGCCCGAUAUACUGCUCAAAGCGUCUGUCGUGUCUUGGACGGAAAAGCCUUUAGAAAUUCCGAUACCGGAAGCGCCGUCAGGUCUUUCGCCCGAGCACAUUCAUCUGUCUCCAUCGGGACUACACGCUAUUGUCUCCUACCCAAGUGGCGAAAAUUUUUACGUGCACACCGCUUCGGCCAAAUGCAUCCGAAUUAAGAGAUUUCGGGGCAUGGUCACGGCUGUCGGUUGGAACCCUGAAAUACAAAAAGCCGAGGAGACAGGUCCAAUAUUGAUUGCUGAUGCAAAAGGGAACAUUGUGGAAACUGUGUUCACCAGCACUGGCUCGAUCCCCUAUAUGGAAAAGGUUAUAACGACGAAUAUCGAGAAGGACUCACCAAUUUGCGAUAUACAGUUGCGGGUGGUAAAUGAUGAAGACGAGAAGAACGCCAGAUGGAUAUGCAUCAUCUGCCAACCAACCCGAAUGCACGUACAAUACGGUACCGUUGAUGUUACCGCAAUGCGCUCUGGAACGAGGAUUCACGGAAAUGUUCGCAGUUCCGUCGCAUUACAGAACCUGGCGGUCUUCAGUUCGGCCAACGAACCCACUGCCGAGCCUGUGCUAUCCCAAAUAUUUUCUGGAAAACGAGCCAGCAGUGCGGUUCUGACUGUGAAGAGUCCACAGAGGCCAACAUGGUCAAGAUUGGCCAUGUAUCCGUCGGAGCAACCAUCAAAGCGUUUCGUCUUCGUUUCGGGUCAAAGUUAUAUGGUCGGCACCGUCGACAUGGAGGCAGAGCAGGCGAGCGGGUUUUUGGUGGAAGACAAGUCAAUUGUAUUGCCAAGGGUCGAAGGACAAGUCGAAGAAGCCGUGGGAGUGGGACUAUCGGAAUGGCAUAUCGUCUUUGGGUUUCCCUCCAGGGUCGUGGCGGUGUCGAUCUUUACCCACGGCGUCGUAUAUGAAGAUCGGAUUGCCUCGGAGUUCGGUCCGCUUCGCGGCUUGACGACCGAGGCCCCUUCCGAAUUCCAUUGGGCGUUCACCGACACCUUCGCAAUUAAGUACCGACCUGACGAUGAAGCACGAUACGUAUGGCGAUUGCUGCUGGACCGUGGAGACUACACGAGGGCCGUGACUGUAGCCCGAGAUCGGCGAAGAAUCGACCCGUCCGCCUACGAACUAGUACUGCGCCGACAGGCAGAUAAACACAUCCUCGAUAAAAAUUACAUCGCUGCCGCCGAGAUUCUCGCCUACAGUUCGGAGCCGUUUGAGACUCUGGUCUUACGCUUCUUAUCCACCGACGACGAUAGGAGGACUGGACUAAAGACGCUACUCGAGAAGAGGCUGGAGCAAUAUUCAAGACCAGAGGAAAGGAUAAAACGAGACGCCCUGAUCCUGUGGCUUCUCGAGGUGCAGCUCGAAGAAUUGGCGGAGAGUCGCCGUGGCUCUGCGGACGCUGAAGGAGAACGAGCCCAUCAGCUCACCAAACAAUUGAUCUCAUUCCUCAACCGGAAAGUCGUCUUUGAAUUCAUCGCCGCCAACAAGGAGGCCGUCUACAAGCUCGUCGUUUCGCACGCUGAUUUUGAGAUGCAACUCUACAUCGCGCAGUGUCUGAAAGACUGGCCCACCGUAGCCAACAUUCACAUCCUGCGCGAACGGUUUGAUGAUGCAUUGGCUGUGCUGAAAGAACAGAAGUCUGCCGAUCUCUAUGUAAAGUACGCGCCGAUACUGGCGAUCAGAUUACCCAAAGAAUUCUUCGAAUCACUUGUGCACGUGCCAAGCUUCCGUCCAAAGAGCAUCGUAUCCGUGUUGGCAGAGUGCCAGAAUGAAGCGAAACUCGCUGUUGCUGCAAUGACUUACUUGGAUUGGGCCAUCUCCAAGGUAGCGCAGGCUGACAUCGCACUUCGGAAUCUCCUAAUAGCAAUGUACGCUCGAUACCGUCCGAAGCAGCUUUUAGUCCAUCUGGAGGGCAUGGGCAGAGACAGGACACGGCUCAACUACGAUACAGACUUUGCACUCCGGACGUGCCAGCAAUACAGAAUUGAGGAAUGUAUUGUCUUCUUGUAUUGCGUUAAUGAGAUGUUUCCGGAGGCGGUAGACAUUGCGCUCAAGUUAGACCUGGAUUUGGCGAAGAAAUGCGCUCGUUGGAUGGAUGCGGCUGAUGACGAUAUAUUUUCCGACAAGAUCUAUCCGGAGGAAUUACGGCGUAAAGUAUGGUUGAUGAUAGCCGAACACGUGAUCAAGACGACCAACGACGCGACUGUUGCCAUUGGGCUUCUUCGUGAGAGCGGCGACGUCAUAAAGAUUCAAGACAUACUCCCCUUCUUUGCCGAUUUCACGGAACUCCAGUUAUUCAAAGAACCGCUUACCGAAUGCCUACGCGAGCAUUCUGCAAAAAUUCAGGACCUGCAAACAGCGAUGCGAGAGGCAACGACGACGGCGAAGGAAAUUCGAGAUCGUUCUGAGAAGCUGGGCAAAAGAUAUACGGUAAUCCGAGCCGCCGAAACGUGCUGUAGCUGCUCAAGGACGCUGAUGAGUCGCCCUUUCUUCUCGUAUGCCUGUCGGCACUUUUUCCAUCGGGAUUGUAUCGAAGGCUUGGUUCGGCCUUUGCUGAAUCAGGAAGCAUGUGGCCGUCUAGAUCGACUAGUGAAAAUCGAGGGACAGCUCAUCGUUGCAUUGGACGCUGAAGAUCGCGUUGGGAAUCCACGCUCAACAGAGGCCAUUAAACGCGAACAGCGGCUCUCCGAAGUCAGCGCUGACAUUGGCGAAAUCUUGGGCGACGAUUGCCCUCUGUGUGGUAUUCGAGCCAUCGAGCAAAUCGACCGAUCAUUCUUCGACGUUGAUGCCUACGAAGCCGACGAAGCCACGUGGAAAUUU